AAUAACGUAGCUCAUAUGGGGGCAAACAAGUAUCGAACUUGCGACCUGACUGAAGCUACAACUUUCAUUUUGAUGGACUCGAUUUUAAACUCAUCCUUGCAAGAAAUCUGCUCGGAAGGUCCAAACGGUCUCCAUCUUCAAACCCUCUCCUCCAGGCUCAACCUCUCUCCGCCACUCCAACAACCCCUAUGGGCGGCGCUACUCUCCGUCCCCGCCCUCAAAUUCCACACCCAAACCCAAACCCAAAACGCCACCGUUUCGCACCUCCGCACCGACCCUUCAAUCCAGUCGUUCCGAGACGCCGAGAAGCUCAACCUGAAGCUCGUCGGCGACCAGCCUCUCCGCAACAACUUCCUCGGCCUCUACGACGUCCAGUCCGCAUCCGACACCAUGUGCGAGUACCAACGCAAAACCCUAGAGCGCGUGGCCGCGGCUGGGUCAAAGGGGAUCACGCAGAGUCAACUAUCCAAGGAGCUUGGGAUUAGAGGUGAGAAUUUCUUUUACAAAUUGAGGAGGCUCGAAUGUCGAGGCUUGAUUGUGAAGCAACCAUUGAAUGAUGAUCAUGAUGAUGAUGCCAAUGUGAGUGGGAGUACUAAUUUAGUGUACUUAAAUCGUUAUGCAAAGCAUCUAGGUCUAGGGUCUGAACAAAAAGCUGAGGCCACUAAAUCUAAGGAGGAAGAGAAUAUGACUAAGAAGAGUGGUAAUUUGAUAGCGGAACUUUCAAUUGAGCAUCAAAUUUACGAGCUAGUUAAUGAUGCGGGGUCAAGGGGGGUCAUGGUGUUUAAGGUUGCAGAGAGGCUGGGAAUUGAUAGGAAAGAGAAUAGGAAGAGGAUUGAAAGUUUGUGCUCCAAGUUUGGGAUGAUAAUGGAUAAAGAGAAAUGCGGAAAGACGCAAGUGUAUCGAGUUUGGGCACCUGGGAAACGUAAUGCUGAAUCAGCUAAUGCAAUUCUGAAUGAGUCUGAAAAUGUUACUCAAAGUAAAUUUAAUGAAGAUGUUCUUCGUGGGUCCGUUCAGAAAGGUGAUACAGCAAUAAAUGAUGUCUCAUCAGGAAUGCCACCUGCUGCGGAAUGUGCUAGGCCCAGAAGGGGAAAAAGUGUACUUGAACCAUCACAGGAUAAAGGGGAUGAACGUCAAUCUCUGGGAAUUAGAAGCCGUUUGCAGAAAAGAAAGAGAUCUUCUGAAGCAGCUUCUGUAAAGUUUAUAGAAGUUGAUGGCGUAACUGAGCACCGACCUGGACCAAAUGAAGAUGGUGAGGCGAGGUGUGCUUUUUCAAAGUCAAAAUCAACAUGUCAAAGAAGGUUUUUAUGGACAGAGGAGGCUGAUAGGCAAUUAGUCAUCCAAUAUGUAAGACGGUGUGCAACUCUUGGGGCAAAAUAUCAUCACCAGAUAAAUUGGGCUUCACUUCCGGACCUUCCAGCGCCUCCAAGUACCUGCAAAAGAAGAAUGUCAUAUCUGAAGCUCAGUAAUGGAAAAUUUAGAAACUCUUUAAUGACACUGUGUAACAUGCUCAGUAAACGGUAUGCAAAGCUCCUGGAGAAAACCCAGACCAGGUCAUUUUACCAAGAUGAUUGCGGAUCACUUUUGCAAGGUUCAACAGAGGAGGGUUGUAACCAGAAUUAUCCUCUCAGUGACCGUGGGACAGGUCUUCAGGAAGAACAAUGGGAUGACUUUAAUGACAAAAAUAUUAAAGAAGUGCUUGAUCAGAUACUUCACUAUGUGAGGUUGACUAAAUCUGUUGCCUCCAAAAGAUGUGGAGCUUCCCGCGAGGAGGGUUCAGAUCUUAAUGCUAAUGCUGAAGAUGUUGGAGGCAGUGAUUGUGAACCUUUGUCUCUCUCACCUCAGGUCUUCCCCAAUAUUUGCAAGUCACCAUUUCCAGCUGAUUCUGGCAAGAGAGCUGCCAAAUUUGCUCAUUGGCUCCACAAAAGAGAUAGAGAUCUUAUGGGAAGGGGGCUUGAUCUUCCUACAGCUAUACAGUGUGGUGAACUUUUUCAUUUGUUUGCUCUAGUUUUUUCAGGUGAAUUGUCAAUCUCCCCAUGCUUGCCAGAUGGAGUGGGAGAAGCAGAAGAUUUGAGAAGCUCAAAACAUAAAAUUGGUAGGAAUAAACAUUUGGAUGCUAAAAGACUAAAAUCCUUGGUUGCAGAAAGUGAGAUUAUUUCCCGUCGAGAAAAAGGUUUCCCGGGUCUCAUGGUAUCUGUAUGUCGUACAGCAUCUUCUACAGCCUAUUGUGAAAAUUUGUUCAAAGAUGAUGAUACUCUUACCGGUGACAAGCAUUGUGGUGAAAAUUAUCAGCAAGACAGUACUUCAGGUAUGAAUCAGAUUAGAGGAAACCUCAAUUCAGGCAUUGUUAUCCCUGUGGCAGAGACCUGUAGUGAAUCAGCUGGCGAAGGUAUCCUCCAUCCUGGAAAUUGUGAUAUUGGUGGAACUCUUUUGAUAGGGAAAAAAAAUAUGAAUGUUAAUGAUGCACAUAAUGUGACUAUUCUUAAUUCUCCUAAAGAGGUUGCUGAGCGUCCGUCUGAAAAACUAACCAGCGGUGUGGAAGGCAAAGUUAUCUCACCUAGAGGAGAUUUUGAUGAAUGUUCUAAACUCUCUUCUGGUGAAUUAUGUGUGCCACUUCUUCCUUGGAUAAAUGGGGACGAGACCAUCAACAAGACUAUCUUCAUGCAACGUGUUUUUGGGAUUGUGAUGCAAAACCCCGGGAUAUUAGAGGGUGAAAUUAUCCGUAAGAUGGAUGUACUGAAUCCGCAGAGUUGUAGAAAAUUGUUGGCGGAGAUGAUUGAAGCAAAACAUCUUCAUGUCAGGACAAUGCGCCAAGCCACAUCCAAUGGCCCCCCAGCAUUUCUAGGGAACCUAUUAGGAAGCAGCCUCACCCAAUCAAAGGUGGUUUUCCGUAGGCAUCUCUUUGCAAAUUCCAUGAGCGCGUUCUUGCUAUAGUGAUGCUUUUAGCUUUGUAGAACAGUGAAAGUACAUUGUAAUUAGCAUUCCUAUUCUGUACAGUGAAAGUACAUUGUAGUGAAGAAUCUUAACACUAACAAGUACUGUAUAUAGGUAAACUCAUGAAUUAUAUCAUGAAUGUUUGACAA